AGGCUCCUUCUGCGAGCUGCCACCCCGAGGUGGACCCCGAGCAGAGCUCAGCGCAGGACCGCGAGGACCCCUGCCCCCUGGGGCGCGCGGCUGCGAAGCUUCGGGGUCGCAUCUGCGUUCAGGAUGCCCUGGGCACCUCCCUGCUGGUGAGGAUGUCCUGCCGCGCAGCUCUGUAUCCCCCAGCCCCUGUCCGUGGAGGGCACGACUGCGUGGGCCCGGCUUCGGGCCCUCCUGCCGGUGGAUGAAAAGCGCGGGAGUCCUUGAAUGCAAUCAGCGAUCGAAUCUAAAUUCUAAGAGCCAUGGACGCCAGCACUGGGCUGCAGCCCCAGGUGCGGGAGCAGCUGGAAGCCCCGGCCGCAGUAGGAGCUGUCCAACCGAAGUGCGAACCAGAGACCUUGAGGUCCAAGAGUUUACCCGUCCUGAACAGCACCUCCUGCCGGCCAGAUGUCAGCCCUGCGAGUGCAGGCGCCCAGCCUGGCGGUGCAGAUGCUUUGGGCCGCCAGGAGUUGAAACAAUGCCUGAGCCGGUUGGCGUCCAGCCCCUCUGCCCCGCCCACUUCGGCAGAGAUGGCGGGGCUCGUGGACUGCAACCACAGGGUGGACAUGGGCAAAGCCAUGUCGGUGUCGUCCACGUUGGCUACCCUUCAGGGGAGAAGGUGCCUCUAUGUGGUCCUCACUGAUUCGCGCUGCUUCCUGGUUUGCAUGUGCUUUCUGACCUUCAUCCAGUCGUUAAUGGUCUCUGGGUACCUGAGCAGCGUCAUCACCACCAUCGAAAGGCGCUACAGCCUGAAGAGUUCGGAGUCCGGGCUGCUGGUCAGCUGCUUCGACAUCGGGAGUCUGGUGGUGGUGGUGUUCGUCAGCUACUUUGGGGGCCGGGGUCGGCGGCCGCUGUGGCUGGCCGUGGGUGGCCUUCUCAUCGCCCUCGGGGCGGUGGUCUUCGCCUUACCUCACUUCAUCUCGCCUCCCUACCAGAUCCAAGAGUUGAACGCCUCGGCUUCCAACGAAGGCCUGUGUCAGAAUGGCAACUUCACGGGGACUGUGGAGCCUCGCGCCUGCCAGAAGGACUCGGGCGGGAAGAACCACUGGCUCUUUGUGGCUCUGUUCGUCUGUGCACAGAUCCUCAUUGGCAUGGGCUCCACACCUAUUUACACCCUGGGACCAACCUACUUAGAUGACAACGUCAAGAGGGAAAAUGCAUCCUUGUACCUAGCCAUCAUGUAUGUCAUGGGAGCUCUUGGUCCUGCAGUGGGAUACUUAUUAGGUGGACUUCUUAUUGGUUUUUAUGUUGAUCCCAGAAAUCCUGUUCAACUUGACCAGAAUGACCCUCGUUUCAUUGGAAACUGGUGGAGUGGAUUCCUCCUUUGUGCCGUUGCAAUGCUUCUUGUGAUAUUCCCAAUGUUUACUUUUCCAAAAAAGCUUCCGCCUCGACACAAGAAGAAAAAGAAAAAAUGUUCUGUUCCUGCUGUUAGCGAUGACGACAUUAUGAAGGAGAAAUCAAACAAUCAUGAGCACGUGGACAAAAAAGUUUCUCCUAUGGGAUUUGGAAAGAAUAUCAGAGACCUACCAAGAGCAGCUGUCAGGAUCUUAAGCAACAUGACAUUCCUUUUUGUGAGUUUGUCAUACACAGCUGAGAGUGCCAUUGUAACUGCUUUCAUUACCUUCAUUCCCAAGUUCAUCGAGUCACAGUUUGGUAUUCCGGCUUCCAAUGCCAGCAUCUACACUGGUGUUAUUAUUGUCCCUAGCGCUGGGGUUGGCAUUGUCCUGGGAGGCUACAUUAUAAAAAAAUUGAAACUUGGUGCAAGAGAAUCUGCAAAACUAGCAAUGAUCUGCAGUGGAGUGUCUUUACUGUGCUUUUCAACUCUGUUCAUUGUGGGAUGUGAAAGCAUUAACCUCGGAGGCAUAAACAUCCCUUACACAACAGGACCCUCUCUCACCAUGCCUCAUAGGAACCUGACUGGAAGCUGCAACGUUAACUGUGGUUGUAAGACACAUGAGUACGAGCCCGUCUGUGGAUCCGAUGGAAUUACGUACUUUAACCCCUGUCUGGCUGGCUGUGUUAACAGUGGUAAUCUUAGCACAGGGAUAAGGAAUUACACGGAAUGUGCCUGUGUCCAAAGCCGGCAAGUGAUCACCCCGCCCACCGUGGGGCAGCGCAGUCAGCUCCGGGUGGUUAUCGUCAAAACCUAUCUCAACGAGAACGGCUAUGCCCUGUCUGGGAAGUGCAAGCGGGCCUGUAACACCCUCUUCCCGUUCUUAGUUUUUCUUUUCAUAGUCACCUUCAUCACAGCAUGUGCCCAGCCAUCAGCCAUCAUAGUGACACUCAGGUCCGUAGAAGAUGAGGAGAGACCUUUUGCUCUGGGAAUGCAAUUUGUUUUAUUGCGAACGCUUGCAUACAUUCCCACUCCGAUUUAUUUUGGAGCAGUUAUUGACACCACCUGCAUGCUCUGGCAACAAGAAUGCGGAGUGCAAGGCUCUUGCUGGGAGUACAAUGUGACAUCGUUUCGCUUUGUCUAUUUUGGCUUGGCAGCCGGCCUCAAGUUCGUAGGCUUUAUCUUUAUUUUUCUGGCCUGGUACUCCAUCAAAUACAAGGAGGACGCGCUGCAGAGGCAGAGGUGGCGGGAGUUCCCCCUGGGCACUGUGAGUGAGCUGGUGGGCCACCCCGACGGUGCGGAGAAGUAUGCCCGGACUAGGUCCUGCCCGGCUUUCGGCACGCAGGGGGAAUUCCACGAAGAGACUCGUCUGCGAAAAGGGAUCCAAUGCACAGCACAGACCUACCCGGGACCCUUCCCAGAAGCAAUAAGUUCCUCCCCGGACCCGGGGCUGGAGGAGAGCCCUGUUGCCCUGUAGCCUCCCUCCUGACGCUUGAAAAUGGAAGACUUUAGUUUUUUGUGUUGGUUGAGUUGAAUAUUGGCGACUUGAGAAACACCCGUGCCUUCUUUUCUUUCUUCCCCUUUUUAAGCUCUAAAGACACAAUCCUCAAACGAACAAAACUCAGUCUACACAGCCACUGUGGAUUGAGGGCUGGAUACCUCAACCAGACUGAGAACCCUUCCCGCCUUCGCUCCAAGAAGGAGGAGCUUCGAAAGACUUGGUACCCUGUCCGCUAUGUUAGUUUCAUGCUCGUGUACCAAUAGGGUAUAAGGCCAAGGCCCAUGGUUAACCAAAUCACGGAAGUGUAAAGGCGGUGCAUCUCAUUAGCAUACACUCCACACAAAGGUGAGCUCGACCAUGGCCUUGCAUUUACAAAUCAACGGUUUUUUAGAUCUGAACACCUACUGUGAGUUCUGCUACAAAGCACAAAUGAACUUGCCUCAACUAUGCAAUUUGAUCGGGAAAAUGUAAGUGCAGCAUGUUACUUUUGCUUUCAGAGACUAAAGCAGAUACGGUUUUGAAAAGAGGAAGCUUGACUUUCCUUAAAGUACUGUUAAUAGCAUUUUAGGCCACAGCAGACUUAUAAAUCAGGUAGGAUUUUUCAAAUGCUUCAAAGGAACUAUAUGCAUUGGGUGAUAAAAGGAAAAGCUACUUCGUUUCAUGAAACACAUUCUCUUUUAGUCUGUGUGCCCCCAUCAUAAGGUAGUUAAGAAGGCUGCAAAAUCAUCGGAUAGUUUGAAUAUAAACUCCAAUAUUCCUUCAUCAGGGGCUUUAAAACUAGUGUGCUAAACAAUAUGGCUAGAAACCGUAAUUUGAGAUGCAUAAUAAGGAAAGAAACUCAUGGCUUUCUCAUCCAAAAAAAGAAAAAAAAAUUGCUGCAGAAAUUCUUUUACCUCUAAAGGACCCACAUAAGGAUAGCUAGAAAUUAUAAACUUGACACUCAAAAUAGUUGGAAAAGGAAUUUCAGAGAUGUAAGAUUGAAUGCCACCCGAUCAUUUUAGUUAUCUGCCUGGAAACACUAGCAAAUCUGUAUUCUUCUCUUUCUAUGUGCAGAAAAUUGCUAUGGUUGCUACUGAGAUUGAGUCAUUAAACCAGGAAAGCCAUACUUGCCUGUAUGGAAAUCACCUUGAAUACAGGAGGAGGGAGAUCUGGGAGCCGGACCUAGAAUAUGAUCCUAAGUAAUGAUUGACAAAUACAAAAUAAACUGGUCUUAUCCUACUGAACCCAGCUUUAUCAGGGUUACAAUCAUUUUACACCAACCUUUGACUCCUCCCUGCUGUGACCUCCCGGGAGUGAUCUCAGAGAGGACUUGUCUGUUCUUUUGGGUUCAUUACCCAUGAUCCUUCCCAGCACACCACUUCGACGUAGGUGCCACCCAGAAUGCCUCCUCCAUGGUUCUUCAGGCAGAUGCCUCCGACAGCACUAUGGACUGAUGGUAAGUGAACUCGUGGGAGCUGGCUGCUCAGAGAAAGAAUCCUGACAACUCAGAUUUAGGCGGGACUGCGAGGUCCAAAUACCAAUAUCACUGUUUUUGCCAAGGAGCCUGGGCUUACGUAGGGCUAAUCUGGGAAGUGGUUUCUUGGCUGGUUUACACUCUUCCUCAGAAGGAAUGUGAUUGACAGAACUGUCCCAUGAUUCAGACGUCUUGCCCUCCAUCGUUGGCCGCCCCAUGGGGUUGUGUGAAUAUUUUGGGCGCAGGGAUGUUUUCCUCUCUACCCUAAUGGCAUCCGUCAAAUGGUUCUCUUGGUUGCAUGCAGUUUGUAGAGAGGGUUAUCACUGUCGGACUGAAUAAUGCCUCCAAGGGGCAGAGCCAGUGCUCGGUGGCAAGGACUUCCCGUUGAGCAGUCUUAUGUGACUAAGUCUUAGAACCACUGUUGCCUGUAGAUACACUGGUGUCCGUCAAACUUUAGUCAACAUGGUGCAUAUUGAAGGUCUUUGGAAAAUAUUGCUGAUUAACCCAGUGUCUGCUCUGGGGCCUCAGGUUCCCCCUUACCGUCUACAGAAAAUCUUUGAGCCUUUGGAAGAGAAAGUUUCCUUUUGUGUUGGAGCUAAAGAUAGGUUGGGGAAAGAGAGGUAGUGUUUCCGUAAUUUCCCUCUGUUCAUUAAGAAACUGUACUGAGAAAAUAUUGGUGGGAUGACACUUUUUUGUAGCUAAGAGGAUAUGUCCCCCCACUGUUACAGUUUCUCUCUUCUUGGUUGGGUACUUUGAAAAGGAGCCGCUCUCAGAACUCCAGGAUAGGGAAUGAUGGAGUCGUCCAGUAUAAUUAGAGAGCUGCUCCUCCAUUCUCGACCUUGAACUGUUGUCCAGUUCAUCAAUUGAUGACUGGUGCAAGUUCUUUCUCUCGGGCACCAUUUGACCCAUUGCCAUUUGCCACUCUGUGAAGUCCUUUGGGUUUGAUUAGGCCAGAAUUCAAAGAAGUUAGCAUGAGUCGCACAUCACAAUGUUAAUAUUGUACUGCCUUAAGUCUCUGAUGCUGAUAAGUAGCAGGUGUAUCAUUAAUGUGUUGUUGGUGAGUGUAGAAUAAGUAGUAAAAAUCAUGGUGGAUUGAAGUCUUGGAAUAUGUACCAAGUAAAAGUUGUCCCCAAAAUGGUUUGGGCUCUGGUAGCAUCACUGAAAUAUUAUGUAGUCAACUAAAGUGAUUAUUUUAUAGACACCAUUUAAUUGUGUAUAUGAGGUUCUUAUAUGCUUGUUAAUAAAUUGUCUGUUACUUUGUAGUCCUAUUAUAAGUUUAAUUGCCACCCUCCAUGAGCUUAAGCUUAUAAUAACUUGCUUUGGAAAAAGGUCAUCUUAUUCCUUCAUAAACUCUAUAGAUUAAUCUAUUAUUUGGCUUUAAUAUGCAAAUAUAGUAUCCUUGACUGUCACCUAUUAAUUUAGAAAGCCCUAGGGGGUGGGUGGGGGUUGGAACACAUUGUUUGAAAUCCUGAUCCUUUAUCAGUGGCUUUAAUUCUUGAAAAACAGUCAAAAGUCAUUCAGAACCAAGGUGGGGGAAGAAAGGAGGAGCAGAGAGGACACAAAUUAGCAUUUGUUGAGUGUUGGUGUAUUUGCAGAGACUUAAUAUACAUCAUUCAUGUAAUCCUCUUAAUGACUUUGAAAGAUAGCUAUGUUCUGUUAUUGUUGUUGUUAUUAUUAAAACAGAUCAUGAAAACUGAGGCUCUGAGAGGUAAAGGGAGUGACCGGUUGAGGACAGUCGAGUGGGCAUUUGUGGAAACCCUCCCGUGUGCCCAGGAGGCGUGGGAGAGCCCAAGCCCAGGGUGGCAGCCAAUUCUACCUUGUGAUUUCGUGUGUCAGGGCUCAGCUGCAGGCUUCUCUCGCGGUGGCUCACUUCUUACACGACGUAAUGCAUAUCAGUUUUGGUUAACAGAGGUAAGUUGUGACUAGACGAGAGUGAGGUAAAUCAUUUUAGUUUUUGACAUGUUACUGUUUCUGAAGAGUAGAGAAGUUGUUAUUUCUUUGCAUAAACUAGAAAAAGGUCUGUGGGAAGCAUUAAAAUUUAAUGUUCCGAUCUGCAAGGUAAAUUUACAUUGAUUUAGCUAAGUGUUAUACUCAAUUUUUUUUGUCCUAACAUACCUCAAGUAUGUAUUUCUAGUAUUUAAUAUAGAACAAACCACUAUUGGUGGCAACGUUGUGUCUCAGUAGAGUUUCUGAAAUGAAACAUGAGGAAGGGAGGUUCAGACUGACGGAAUCUGAGCUUUGUGGAUUUCAGGUGUAUGUUUUUCCACCCCCUCUUUCAGGAUAUUAACAUUUCCAUUCGUUUUUAUUUUUUAUUUUUUGGUGAAAAUUGGUUUAAGUUCCCUAAUAAAAGAUUUAAAU